AGUGGUGACCAUGUCUUACGUUCCAUCGAACUCAACUGAAUCCCUGUUACUGAAACUUGCGUUUCUCGUCUCUGUUCCAAUCUGUUGCAUAUUAAUCGUCGUCCUACUUCUUUAUAUCAGGUCUUAUCUUCGAAUGCAUCGAAACAACAAUCUCUCAACGGCUGAAUUAGGACUGAGCAAAGAUAUAAGAGAGAUGCUUCCCAUUGUUAUCUACAAGGAGAGUUUCACUGUCAAAGAUACACAAUGUUCAGUGUGUCUUGGGGACUACCAAGCAGAAGAGAAACUCCAACAAAUGCCAUCAUGUGGGCACACUUUUCACAUGGAAUGUAUUGAUCUUUGGCUCACUUCACACACAAAUUGCCCUCUUUGUCGUCUCUCUCUUAUCCCCAAACCGCCCCUAGACGGGUGCCAUCAAACCCCAGAGAUUAUCUCUCCCAUAGAGAACUCUAACGGAGGAGGAACUUCUGCUCAACCAGAUUCCCAAUCAACAACCGAAGCAGUAAGUCACAUCGAGGAUAUCCAAGAAGGUAACGCAGAUAGUCCAGAAGUCUCUAAGGAACCGGAAGAGAAUGACCGAAACAGCGUAGGGACAUCUGAUGGUUGUUGUACUUGUAGACUUGGUUAAAAAGCAUAAAAGCUUUGUCUUGUCUCUUGAUGAUAUUUUGGUAAGAAAUAAGGAUUUUUGUUUUCUCUCUUGCGUUUGUUACUUGUAACAUUGGUAUGAGUGAAAUGAAUGCAUGAUCCAUUA